CAUAAGUAGAAAAUACUUGUAGUUGUUUAAUAUCUUAAAUAGAAAACCUACUUAUAUUGGUCUUUGUUCAGCAGUUGCCCGCACUUUGUUUCUUUUGGAUUGUCAGGUUUACACUUAAUUUAACAAACCAUAAUCAUCAGCAAUGACCACACCCUCCAGAAGGCGGCUGAUGAGGGACUUUAAAAGGUUACAGGAGGACCCUCCUCAAGGGGUUAGUGCUGCACCUUCAGACAACAACAUUAUGAUCUGGAAUGCUGUUAUUUUUGGACCUCACGAUACUCCGUUCGAAGACGGAACGUUCAAGCUGACCAUGGAGUUCACCGAGGAAUAUCCCAACAAGCCUCCUCUGGUGCGCUUCCUCUCCAAGAUGUUUCAUCCGAACGUGUACGCGGAUGGCGGCAUCUGCUUGGACAUACUCCAGAACAGAUGGAGUCCAACUUACGACGUAUCGGCUAUCUUGACAUCAAUCCAGUCGCUGUUGGACGAGCCGAACCCCAACUCUCCGGCCAACUCGCUGGCCGCGCAGCUUUACCAGGAGAACCGACGCGAGUACGAGAAACGCGUCGCUGCCAUCGUCGAGCAGUCGUGGCUGAACUUCUCCGAGGAGGAUGACGGUGGUGCCGGAGGUAGCGAAGAAGCACCAGCCACCUAGCAGCUACCCACCUCCUAGCCCCGUCUGUCCUGCUGUGAUGUGAGGCAGCGGUGGCGCCCGGCCGUGCGGCUGAUGAUCGCCUACAGUCGGAGGCGCGGCGGCGCUGGCCUCGGUAGCCCUGCGGCCCUGUUUGUUUACUAUAGGUUUAUGUCCAAUUUGGUACGCGCUAUGUAGCGCUCCUCGGUGAUUUGUCGCGCUUGUGACUAAGGCAGAGGCAGCUGCUCAUGGCCCGGGGUAGGGGGCGCUCCUGGCCGCCUUCUGGGCCGGGGUCGGAUGCGGAGAGUUGCUGCCCGCAAGGUGCGCCGGGAACCCCGCCCGGGGGUCGACGCGUAACUGGUCUUUGCCCGUGUUUGUGUCGCUCGGUUAUGAACGUGUCCUGCGAGUCAAUCGUCCGUUGGAACUUUUAAUCGUGCGAAUCUCGCCCUCUGCGCCGCGCACUCUCGUGUUUGCUAAGUCCGGCCCCAUUUCAAUCCUUCUCGUGGUCCCCUUCUAAUUCGAUUAACUACUUGUAAUGCACUCUUCGUGUCAUGGAAAUGCAUUGUCAAGCCUAA